CGGCGGCGGUGGCGGUGGCGGCGGCAACGGCAGCCAAGCGCCCAUUAAGAGGCGGCCGAAAAGGAGAAGAGAAAAAAGGCAGCGGUGCGCCGAAAGCAUCGCGACGGCCGAUCCGCUAAAAAUAAAGAGGGGGCGAAGCGAGCGAGCGCUCCCCGAAGGGUAUUAAGCGUGUCAUGCCAAGCGCCGCCGACGACGGUGAGAGAGCCCGUAGCAGCUGCUUCUACGUGCAACGUCGUCGCCAUCGGCGCGCUGCCUGAGGCAGCCCUAGCAGCCGACAGACUAGCCAGCGUAGGGGAGGCACCGGCUCGACGUUAUGGAGAGGCUUUCGACGUUUGCCUACCGCAUUGGAUGGCCCUGGAGGACGGUCAAAGCCCUCGAGGAGAAGGCCCGUCGUAGGCAGAAGGAACUCGAGGAGAAAGAGCGACGGCAACGCCAGUACCAGUGCAGCUUCUCCGAUGUCAGCAAGAGGCUCAUCGAUGUCAUCGAGAGCGUUCUUCUCUGGGAGAACGCUUAUAAUAGCAUUUCCGUCGCCAUGGCAUUCAACAUUCUGUUUUGGGGUUUCGUAGUACUCGAAGUGCGUGGCUUUGCAGCAGCCAGCAGUGCUGCUCUAGUUAUAGUACUUUGUUACAGUACAUUGGAGACCCAAGAGGAAGUACCAAAUUUACAAAUUUGGCAAUCUAGAAACGAACAGUUGGAAAAAUUAGUUAAAAAAGUUAAAUUGACCUUUGAAAAUCUUCUUCAUAUGCAACAAGAACAGCCUAAAGUGUUCUGUAUUAUCAUAUGUACUAUUUCACUGGGUCUUUGGCUUAUUGGACGUAAUUUGGAUAGUAUUUUAUUUACUUAUACAUUAUGUAUGGGUAUUUUACUUGGUCCUGCAUUCCUUCUACGGCUUCUUUGUAAAGAACUAUCAUAUAAAGAGUGGGAUAAUGAAAUGGAAGAAUUCUUACCAGCAGUAACAGAAGAUAGUCUUCAAGUAUUAAAACGGGCAGGUGAAACUGGCGAUCGUUCCCCAACACCGCCAAAUCAAGAUAUGAACAUCUCGCGUGAUCAAUUUAAUGAUGAAGACUUGUUUGACUUAAAAAUUCCAUCUCAUGAUGACGGUAGUACGGAUGGACUCGAACUUUCUGAACUUGAGCUUAGCAAUAGUGAAACCGAUAUUGAUGGUAUACGUUUCCAGACUGGGUACUUUGAACGUGAUUCUUCUUCCUCCGAUGAUGACGUAGAUCUCGGAUUGGGGUCGAAGAAAUUUAACGAGGACGACUAUGAUAGCGAAAAUAGCGAAUUUGAGAUUAUUGAUAGUCGCGAUGUAGCCAAUCUCAAGAGUGUUUGAGUAGAAUUAUCCAGAUUAUUUAAAAGAAAAUAAUCCAAAAUAAAAUUUAUGAGAAUAUUAUAUUUCUUAAUGAAAGGGUGAUGCGAUUAUAUAGGACAUAAACCGGGUUGAGAUCGUUACUUUUUUGUCGUGUCUCAUAGCCCGAUAUGUAUGAGUGAGUGUAUAACUUGAAAGAAACAGAAGAUUGUUUAGGAUGAGAACUUUUAUCUGUUAAAUCAAUCACUCUGUGUAUAAUGUACCUGGCUUUCUUCGCCGUGUAGGUGUUUUUGCUUUUGCAAUGGCCUUUCGUAACGUACGCUAUCAAGAUGUUCGUUACACAAUAAUCUUCGUGUUUUUUUUUUUCUUU